GAGAAAGAGGAAAUGUCGAGCGAUAGUGAGGAUGACGAGCUGUUGCAGAGGGCUCUGCGAGAGCAAGACCAAAUUGCUGCGAAGCCACCACCUCCCCCCUUUCUCAACGACAGUAGGAAGAACAAGAAGCCUUCCCGCGGUGGGGCCGACGACGACGACGAUUCUGAUUUGGAGAUUCUCAGCAUCUCAUCUGGUGACGAGGAUCAGUCUUCCAAGGACAAUGCAGCCAGGAACAAUCGCGGUCGUGGGCCCGCCUCAAGGAAAGGUGGAGGUGGAGAGAGGGACGCUGAUCGUGGUGCGACUGACGAUGAGCCCAGUUGUUGGAAGCGGGUCGAUGAGACUGAGGUAUGCGCUUCUUAUGAACGAAAUUCAGCUGUCUGUUCUGUUUCAUGUGCCUGGAUGAAGAUCAAGAUGGUCUAUUCGUCAGGUGGGCCUCAUUUGCUGAUCAAAUGUAGAACGUUUCUUUGUUACACCCAGUGUUCGAAAUAUCGGUAUCGCGCAAUGUAUUGCAACCUUGGGAUACAGAUACGUAUUGGUUAUCGCACGGGAUAUAUCGUUUGUAUCGCGUAAUUUAUUGCACUUUUUGGGAAACAUGGGGAAACAUUGGCAAAAUGGUUGAAUUUUUUUUAUGAAACUUCAAGGAUUAUUUAAAAAGACUUUAAUUCACACUUUUAAAUAAUAAAAUCUCAAAAAAGAAGUGCACAUAAUAAAUUUCCUUUGUAUAAGGUCCUAAGUUAUGUGUUAUCUGAUUGAACUAAGGUAAAUAUAUUCAAAUAUGAUGCAUAACAUUUUUAAAUGUAUAAAGAUAUAUAUGAAAACAUAACCAAUGCAUUCAAAAGUAAAAGAUAUAGUGAAAUUAGAAAACAUACCUAUCAAUGAUGUGUGUAUUCAAUAUCCAACCCGGCCAUCCGUUUUGCCAUAUCAUUUUAAGACAUUAUCCAAAAAAUGAAGUAGAUCCAAUAAUCAAGGGGACCAUACCAUAAGAAACAAUGGUGAUUGACCAUUAGUGUGCCACAAAAGUUUUGGAUCAAGCUGAU